CAAAAUUUUCUGUUUUAUGAAUUCUGGAAAAUAUACGUAUAAUAAUUUCACACAGAUGAGAUCAAAUUCUCCACACUCUCCAAUAAAGUUGCUGCAUCUAGUUCUGAAUAAUACGAUUUUAGUUAAAAUUUGUCAAAAUAGGUACAACAAGCAAAGUUUGAGAAAUGAGCAAAAAAAUAAUUAAAAAAAAAUCGCUUGCAACUGGAGUUGCCCGUUACCCAAACUUUUGCACCGAAAUAAAGCAAUUAAUGGCUGGAAUGGGUGUAAAAGAAUAUAGCACGGAAAGUGUUAACCAGUUGAAUGAUCUAUUAAUUAAUUUCAUAAAAAAUUUGACGAAAGCAGCAAUUAAAAAUGCAUCUAAGACGAAAUUGGAUGCCCCAGCUAUCCUGAAGGCUCAUAGCUAUGAUUCGGCCAAACACGAUCAUGCACAAUACAUAAUACAAUCUGAAGAACUGAUUGGCAAAACACGUCUGGAUGUAUCUGGAACAAAAAUGAGUAUGAAAAAUCUUAAUAAGUUAGUUUAAAAAAACAAGAAUCAGACGCAGAUAAAUUAUGUUU